UAAAAACAAUAUCAUUCUAAUUGAAACUACUAAAAAUCUUUGCUUAUAUAUUUUCAUCAAAAUUGCUUCUUCUAGCAACCACAGAACUUUUCUUCUAAUUACAUUUUGUUUAAAAGCUUUUCUAUUGAAAAUUGUCCACAGGUCAUAAUAUUUCUGUGUCAAUAUUCCAACCAGAAACAAUUUAUACUUACAGAUCCUUACUGCCCUUGCAUUUUAUGGGAGAGGGAGCUAUCAGGGAGCAGUGGGACUAAAUAUGAAUGGCCCUAUGGCACAGCCAACUGUGUCAAAGUGCCUCAAACAAGUAACCGAGGCACUUAAUAGUUCAUCCACAUUAAGGACAUUUUUUAAUGAAAAAUAUGGGUUUCUUGGCAUAUGUGGAUGCAAUGACUGUACUCAUAUAGCUAUUGUGAGGCCACAAGAAAAUGAGCGUUUUUUUAAUAGAAAACAUUUUCACUCCAUUAAUUGUCAAGUGAUAUGUGAAGCAAAUUGCAAAAUAAUUAGUAUAGAUGCCUCAUAUGGUGGAAAUACUCAUGACUCAUUUAUUUGGCAGAAUAGUGAAAUUUGUGACCACCUGGAGAGUCUCACUAAUACCACAGAUGAGACCGCUAUACUACUUGGUUCUUAGAACAAUUUUUAUUAAAUUUUCAUUAAUAUUAUUGUUAACAAAUAAAAUUACAAUAUUUCAUGUUUACAUACUUCAUUGUUAUGUGUUGUUAAUUAAAAUAUAGAUGUAAUGUUAUGUUUGA